UGUGUGGAUGUAAACAGUAUAUAGAAUAAUCACGUAUGCUCAUGAAUGGAGGGAUUUUUCGAGGUGGUGUAUUGAUUAUUUUAGCCUGACUAUGUGACGGUCCCAUACAACACUAGAAUCAGCUGCUGAGUAUUACAGUAAUAGAUUGCCUGCAUAAUUGCGUGGGAGAGGCUGGUGUUGUACAAUGGAUGGAUAUUAUUUUGCUAAAGAUUUGUUGUAUGUCUACCUACAAUUUUCAUCACAAAUGAAUUGAGAUUUUUGUAAAAGUUUGAGAUGUACAACUGAGGUAUAUUUGUGUAGAUGAUAAAUUACAAAGCUAAGAAUCUAACCAGUCACUACCAUGGUUAUAAGGAGAGUGCUGAAAAGAAACGAGAAACUUGAGGUCAUGGAAAAAGAAAAGAUGUCAGAAGCCUCGGAGUCUGAUGCUAACCAAAACUGCAACCCUGGCAUGGCCCCCACUACAUGUGAAACACUAAAAGAAAAUGGACAACUUACUCCAAGUGAGAUUAAAAACGGCAUCCAUGAUGAUCAUGGAGAGCCUGAUGCCGCCAGUGCUGCCUCAGGUGCUGCCGAGGCCGCCGUUGGUGGCAGGGCUCAAACUCCCUCCUCCCCACAGCAGUCAUGUGACUCACAUUUGACCCAGGGCAAUAUUGUGCACAACUCCCCGCUCCCCCCCUCCACCGUGAACACCACGGCAGCCAAUCACAACAGCACAAAUAACCUCAGUGACAGUGGGACACUGAGUAACAGUGGCCACAAUGGCGACGUUGACAUGACAACCAUCCUCAAUGAUACCUGCACAAACCUAGUCAAAGACGACGGCCACACUAGUGGCAGCGAGAUGACCACCAUUCUGAAUGACAAUCAGAGUGGCACUAACUUAGUGAAUAGUUCUGGCAAAAGUGGUGGUACUACACUGAAAAGUGACAAUGGUGAUAACAUUGACCCCACACUAGUUAAUGAUUGUGGCCAAAGUAGUGGCACUCCCUCUAUGGAGGCCAGUGAAUCGACUUCCAAAGCUACAGACAGUGGUUACAACAGUGUGAACGAUAACGGAGGCACUGUCCUGGUAAAUGAUAGUGAUCAUAGUAAUGAAGGCAUAAUUACUAGUCUGAGCGAGAGUGGUCUUGUCCAAAGUGGCUCUACAUCUCUCGACAAUGAUAGUAACAAUAACACGGACCAAGAUCAAGGGGACGUAACCUCGACGGUUUUAGGCGAGGGUCUGGGGGGCACCAACAACACAAAUGACCCUGUCACGCACGACAAUGUUCCUGGGCUAAUCAGUGGCAGCACAGCAAGUAUUAACACAAAUGGUCACGCUCCCUCAUCCCACGAGGGCAGCUCCCCAAACGGUCAGACAACCCAGUUGUCGCCCUGUGAACCAAGCCUUCACAAUCAAAACGCGUCUGCGGUACCAGGGACCUCGCCACCAAGCCACCAGCACGUUGUUCAUGUCCAUGUCAACUCUGGAGAGACUUUCUCCAUGCGUGUGGGCGUUUUGGGGGACCAAUUCCAGCAUAUCCAAGGUCCAGCCACAGUGAGAAUGGUUUCUAACACCGGACCACCAUUACCGAUGCCGAUGCAGGUUCCUCAGGGUCACAUGGUACAACAGAUUGUGGACGAACACGGAAUUCUGACACACGUUAUUUUAUCCCCUCAACCCCCAGGCAUGCCAGUACAGCCUAUGACGGUAGGAUGCUAUGGUGGACCAAACAACAAUGCACCUCAGUAUUACCAAGGUUACACGCCUCACUACCCUACCCACCCCUAUCACCACCACCCCGGGGCAUCUUCCCAUGUUCCUGCGGGGGCACCUACACACCCUCAUGGUACCCCACCCCCACCAAGCUGCAGUAGUUUACCCAGUGGACCAGUUCACAAUCCAGGACCAAAUCCACCAAGUUCAAUGGAGAACAGAACAAAUCGACAGAGAGAGAAGGUGCGGAAAAAAUAUUAUCAGAGACUGGAGGAGGGAUUUUACAACCAAAGACCCCCUCCCCGGCGGUCUCUCAAUAAAAAUAAAGUUAAUGGAGAGAUCCAGCCGGGAAGCAUUACAAACACCCCCCCAGUGGACACAGGUCAGGACCUGGAGGAGGAAAGGAAGGUCAUACAACACCAGCUGUCUAACAUGCCAGAACCAGGGGUGACAGAAGUGGAACCAAGAAGUGCCUUAAUACAUCUGGCACCACCAGAAUACGACCAGAACGAGUUUGUGAUAGAAGCAGCGGAGUUCCAGUACGAGCUUCUGCUGUCCGAUAAAGGAAAGGACGGCAAAUAUAAAUCUGUCUACUCGGGUGAUGCAACAGAAAUUACACUAAAAGAUUUAAAACCAGCCACUGAGUACCAUUUAAAAGUAUGCACAUCGCUGGAAGACGUAAAGGGCAGUCCGACAGAGCCUGUGAGAUUUCUAACGGGGAUCUGUGAGCCGGAUCCCCCGCAGAUGCCCAAGCUACAUGCACGGACCAAAACCUCCAUAACACUGAAAUGGAACGCAACAUGUGAAAAUGGGGCAAGAAUCUCAACAUACACUCUGGAAUGUGAUAAGGGUCAAGGAGAUGGCUUCACCGAAGUGUACAAUGGUCUCCAACGGCAACAUCGGGUCUCAAAACUUCAAGCAACCACUAAAUAUACCUUUAGGAUAGCGGCCAUCAACAGUGUCGGCAAAAGUCAGUUUAGUGACCCGGCCAGCUACUGUACCAGUGGUAGCGUACCCUCCCAGCCAGAUCCACCCAUGCUGUCAGAGGCUUCCAUCUCCGCCCUCACUAUCUCCUGGAUCAAACGCACCAAUGAGGACAACUUCCUUCUACAGAUAGAGGAUGAAACAACAGGACAUGGUUUCAUCACUGAGUAUAAUGGACCAAAUCUCUCACAUAAAGUAAAGACAUUACGGCGAAACACUGAUUACAAGUUCAGGAUGGCAGCAGUGAAUGACGAGGGUCAGAGUAAGUGGAGUGAUGUUUCGUGUUUCCGUACCUUACCCGACCGACCAAGUCCUCCUCCCAAACCUCAAAUCAAAGGCAAGAUACAUGCCCAUAGCUUCAAGGUCGUGUGGGACCCUCCCAAGGAUAACGGAGGAUCCGAUAUCACGAAGUACAUAGUAGAACUUGAUGAUGGGCGAGGAGGAGGGUAUGAGACACUGUACGAGGGCUCAGACAGGGAACACAUUUGUGAUCAUCUCAUUCCAGGCCAUAUCUACAUGGUCAGGGUGGCUUGCUGCAGUAAAGGUGGUCGUAGUGAUUUCUCUGACUUCUGUAUCGCCACCACACAUGCUGUUUCCCCGGGGCAGUGCCAUGCCCCUAAGCUACAGGGCAAACCCAAGGCCACAUCCCUCCACCUGCGUUGGGGUUACCCAGAGUAUGAUGGAGGGGCAAAUGUGAUGGAGUUUGCAGCUCAGAUGAUCAACCCUGACAAUACAAGCCGAGAGGUGUUCAAAGGUCGUGAUCUUGACUGUAUAGUGGCUGGUCUCUCACCAGGACGUCCAUAUCUAUUCCAAGUCCGGGCAUUUAAUAUGGUUGGGGGCGGACCCUGGUCAGAGCCCCUGGAGGUGGUGAGCGGAGCUGGGGUGCCUGACCCUCCUAAAACCCCCCUCGUCAACUGUCGCUCCCCGCACAGUGCUAUGGUGCUGUGGGAUUCUCCCGUCAACAAUGGUGCUACUAUCACUGACUAUAGGCUGGAGUGGCAGCACAAGUCAGACCUCGACUUCACACAGUUAUAUUUUGGUUCAAACAUGAAUUACGAGGUGAAGGGUUUGACACCUGCUACCCUAUACAGUUUUCGUGUUCAGGCAAUCAACAGUGCAGGAUCAGGUCCAUUCAGUGCGGUGGCUACCUGUGUGACCCCGCCUUCUAGUCCGUCGCCUGUCGUAUACAUCCGUCACACAGCCAAUGCUAAUACCAUUUCCCUGUCCUGGAAAGAGCCCAACUGUAACGGCAGUGACAUCAGCUCUUACAACAUUGACAUCGGCGAGAAACAACUCAUCACGACAAGCGCUGUUACCGAGUAUACCUUAGAGGAGCUGGCUCCCGAGUCUGUGUACAAGGUGCGGAUACAAGCUGUCAACGGUAUCGGAGUUGGAGCAUUCAGCUCACCGGUGCGAAUAUCAACAAAGCCCCUGCCCCCGAACCCUGCUCGACUAGAGUGUGUGAUUUUUGCCCCCAACAGUCUGAAGCUGAAAUGGGGAGACGGCCGUAAUCCCGAUAUGGUAACCUAUACCCUGGAAAUGGAAAGGGAGGAUGGCAACUUCCAGUCCGUGUACAGCGGUCCAGCCCACGCCUACAAGGUCAACAAACUCACAGAGAUGUCGAGUUACGACUUUAGAAUAUUCGCCAGUAAUGUGGCAGGGAAUGGACCCUAUUCAGAGAUUUUCACAUUUAACACAACAAAGGCACCUCCACCGGCUUUGAAAGCUCCCAAGGUCCAGGAUGUACAGCUGACUAGCUGCAUGGUGGAUUGGACAAGUGUCCGGCCGAUGGGCUCAGACGGCAUUGUAUACAUCCUACAGCUACAGUGUCGGGACCAUGAGUACAAACAGAUGUACAAAGGCCCUGCUACUUUAUACAGCCUACACACGCUCAGUCCAAAGACAGAAUAUACGAUACGAGUAUGUGCUGUACGACAGUGUGUGGACAAAUCAGACGACGUGAUUGGUCCAUUCAGUCCAAGUGUAACGUUCAGCACACAGAGCUUGGAACCUGCUACAAGCUUAGAGCCCAAACACUUGGAGACAAAAAUCGUUGAACCAAAACAACUAUCUGACCAACAGUGGGCAAUGAUCAUAUUGCUUGGUUUUGUCGUAUUUGCUUGCCUUGUAGCCUUCGUGGCACAACAAAUUAUUCUCUACACUUCCAGUCAUUCGGGGCGACAUGACGACUUAUGAGAGAUGUUUUUUAAAAGAAAAAGGACGGUUUACUUUUUGUUUCUUUAAAUUUUAAAGACUAAAAAAUCUUGUAGCAGAUUGUUACGAGACGAAAGCCAAAUGAUAUAUACAGUGCUAGAAAGUAAACGUCAGUUACUUGUCAAGUUAUCACAGAAUCAUUGACUUGGAAUCCUUCAUAUUUGUCGUGAAGAUUCUCCGUUACAGAGGUAUAUGGUCCAAAUACAGGAAUCUAGUGUUUGAAAGCACCUGUCAAUGAACCUGUAAACAAGGAGAUAUUUCGUUGAUUCCUUUUAAUGGACCUGCAAAGGAGAGAUUUGGUUGAUUUGUUUAUCAUGUACCUGCAAAGAAGGAGAGAUUUAAUUGGACCUCGGAUCAUGAACCUGCAAAGACAGAGAUUUAAUUGGUUCCAUGGAACAUGGACCUGUAAAGACGGAGAGAUUUAAUUGGUUCCUUGGAUCGGACUGUAUUGUGAUAAAUUGACUUGAGUCCUCGUCCAUAAUGGUAAAUCUGUGGCAUUCUGGGAUUGGAUAUUUACUAAAUCACUAGAGACUCUUGCACCAAUUGGUCAUUAUCUUUGACCUUGAAAUCAAUGAGGAGCUGGACUGGUGGUCAUCUGGAAAAGUGACCACUAGUCAUCUGGAAAAGUGACCAGUCUCAGCUGUUGUGUUUGACUAUGAAAUCUAGUUGUGUGUAUACAUUUCUUUAUUGGAGGCUUGACUUAAAUUGAUGGUUCGCCUUUUGAAAAGUGUUUGCUUAAGUUACUGUGUCCAGUUAAACAAAAAUUACACCACAAAAAGAGUUUUUCCACUGUUGCUAUAGUCAGAGAUGGAAAAGAGGGAAACUGGAUGGAGUUACACAUGUUUUUCAUCUAGAUAAUGGAACGGGCUGGGUUAAAAUGUGCAUUUCUGUUACAUUGUCAUGAAUUGGCUAAUUUGUCAGUGUUGGGUAACUUUUUUGCCUUUUUUCCAUGAUAUGUACAUCUUCCAAUUCAUAUAUUGUGCUGAAACAUCAUGACAUUAUUUUUCAAUCGAAACAUUAUUUUUCCAUUAGUCAUAAUUAUCACAGUGGGUGUCUGGGUGGCUAAGUAUAAAUCGUUUAUUUUCCUCUCAAGCAACAAUCAUUCUUCAGUAAGGUUAAAAGUUGCAUAAAUAUCUAUAUGGGCUUAAUUAUGUUGGCAAAUAUAAUGCAUUGAUGAAUUUUCAGGAUGAAAAAGUCUCUUUAGAGAAUUGUGAUAUUCUGGUAAACCUUAAUUAAAUGAAGCUUAAUGUAAAAAUGUUGUCUUUAGAUCUGCAUUAAUUGUCAGUCAGUGUUAUUAUUUACAAUAGUUAUCAAUCAAUCAAUGAAAUAAUCAUAUUGAAAAUGUGAUGAAAAUGUUUAAACCAGCAGACACUGUCAUAUCAGGAUAUUAAGGGUAUAUAUGCCACCUUAAUGUAACAAACAUAUCUCUUUCUCCAAGAGAGUUCUACCCCAAUAAACCAGGAAAGCACCUUUCAUGAACAGUUGUUUGGACUUGGAUAAUAAAAUUUUGAUGACAGUGUAAAAUUGUAUAUAGGAAAAUUUACUGUUGUUAGAAUGCUUUGAUAAUAAACGCAUUCACCCCUAAAGUUGUAUUUAACCUUACCAAAUCAAAGACUGGGCAAGUCCAUUUAAAAUUUGUAGGGGUGAAUCCUGUUACCAACUGUUGACCAUAUAUAUAUGACCACCGUGUUUUCUUUGCUUGUAUCCGAAGUGUUAGUAAAUUGUAAACAAGGUUCAAACACAAGCCUACCUGUCAAAGAAAUUUGUUUCAUGCCUUAUAAUGAUAUAGAUCUGUAAUGAUGGCUUUGUCUAAUCGCCAACAUUAGGUAAAAAUGUACUGAAGCAAUGGAACCAUAAUGGGGUGUUGGUGACAAUUAUGUAACUUUUUGUUUGUUUAAAGUUUACAAUGUGAUAUCUGUUAUUGGGGAGGAGGAUUCUAUUCUACCUAAGUAACUUGGACACAUGUACAUGUACAUACAGUGCUUUUAAUCUGGUAUCAGCAUAAGUAGUUUAACACUAAGAUAAUUAUCAAAUCAAUGUUAUAAUCAAAUUGAAGAUUAUCUAGCGGACAAAACUGGAAGUAAUAUUAUAUGUGGAAAAACUACUGAAGAAGCUAUAGGCAUUGUGAUACCUUCAUUUAUUGUGUAGUGUAUAAGUUGUCUGUACAGUCUGUCAUUUUGACCAUGUCCUAUCACCAAGUUUCAUUGUUAUAUGAUCUUGACAGCAUUGGUACUGAACACGGUUGUAACCUAGUCAAUAUAAUACCAAUAUCUGUUAUAACUAUUGCCAUUUUACGUACAUAUAACAUAUAUAUAUAUCACCCAUUUACGAUAUAUCUAUGAUUGCCAUUUAUGUAUAUCACCUGUUUAUAAUGUUAUAACCUGCAGUAAACUAAGAUGUAUGUUUGACAUGAUAUUUCAAUUUUUUUAUUUUUUUUGAGUCACUAAUGCUGUGUAGCUAUUCUAUAUAAAUACAUAUACAUAUGACAACAUGGCUGUCACUGUUAUUACAAUGACGUUUCGUUGUAUUGCUGUAUUAUACAUUUAUAUAUACAUACAUAUAUUUGCUAUAAUUAAUGUAUAUUUAUGUAUAUAUGAUGUCAUGGAUGUAUGGAUGGUUGCUAUGACCUAAUGCAAGAUUACAAUCAGGAGCUAAACAGAUAUUUGUGCAUGAUGCUUACUGUGGAUUUUUUUAUUUUUUUUUCACUAUAUAUAUAUUUUCAGCAUUCUAUAUUAAUAGAUAAUGUAUAAAAACCACUUCAUAAAUAGACCUAGCUAUCUAGAACCCUGUUACCACGGGGAUAGUUUUACAUCUGUUGCUUAGCGAUACAUCCUCGUGUGACUACCCUUUAGUUGUAAUGGACCAAGCCUCUGUGGUAAAGGGUAAGCUUAUAUUGGGCUGAACUAUUUGACAAGACUUUUAUUUUUUAAAGUCAAAGAUUUCUGAAUAGGCUUCAAAGUAACCUAAUAUAUUUCAUUUGUUAAAUGGUCGUCAGACCUUUUUAGCGUUCUUGAUAUUAGUUCAGAAGUAGAUGAAUGUGCUUUUUUUGUGUAAAUAAACUUAAAUCUAUAAU